AUGUCGGUGGACUGGACGAGGACACCACAGCCAGUCGAGGUCAGACUGAGGUGCCUCCGGGGGGUCCGAGACAAACUGCCCAGCGGACGCUACGCACUGCGAGUCUCACUGCACAGCCGUCUGGGUGGACGCGUCCUGCAGCGGUCAGCGCCGAGAGUGACGACGGCCGUCCAGCACGACGGACACUUCCUGAGCGCGGAGCUGCCCUUCCACCAGAGCGUCUGCACUGUGCUGCCCAGGAGGAGUGACAUGCAGCCUGGCAUGGUCUUUGUGUUCGAACUCGGCCUCCUCUCGGGUACCACACUACAUGCCAUGCAGUUCUUCGCCUGGGGUGCUUUCCCGAUUUGCAACCUCCAGCUGGAUGCUGUGGAAGGGAAGUUCAAGUGUCCGCUGUUAAGGGGCCAUUACAAUCCCAGAAUUGAUCAGUUUGGCAAAUUUGAAGCAUCAAUCCUGUCAGACUUGGACAACUGGCUGUGCAAUCUCUACUUCGAGGUGCUCAGGCUUCGGCAGGACAUGGCCACACAGGAGGUCACCCUUCAGAUGGCUCCCCAAGACACUCACACUUCAGACAGUUUUUACGCUGCUGGAAGGGUUGAAGAAGACCACCACAGAGGCCACAAUGCUCCAGAAUUGUGUCCACAGAGGUCAGCGGACUGUCUGUCCACCUCCUGUCCAGGUGAAGAAGGUCAGCAGGUGAAGCCCAAAUGCCGCCCACGGAUGACGAGAGACGCCAACCUCCCGGCUGGACUGUCCGGUCAGGACCCAAGACCCUGGUGCUUCACUGAGUCAGCGUCCCCUCUCAGAGAUGAAGACCCCAUGGACCACCGUCCCCCCAGGCCAUUACCCGAGGAUGACUUUGACCAGUACUCAUUCUCUGUAAGGCCUCGCCAUUCACAGACAGGAAGAGCCAAUGGGAGAAUCGCCGGCUGCACACGUUUUGUCCUCGGCGGGCUGCUGUCACAGCUUGUCCCCUCACGCUGCUCCCCUCGUCACCUGGUCCUCGUCACACUGCCACUCACUGUCAUGUGGUUUGGGAGGCUCUACCUGCACUACGCCAGCCAGUGGAUUCUCCUGCAGGCCAUCGGCGCUCCUGUUAACAGGGUCCAGGUGCGCCUCUACACGGUGGAGCUGAGUUACCAGAGUUCCCUGCUUCGUGCCCGUGAGGAGCUGGCCAUGGUGCUGGUGGGACCCCUGACCUUGAACGCCGUCGUGCUUCUUAUGGUUCUGAUCAGAUGUGGCUGUCAGCUCGCAUUUGACUCGCUGCCAUCUCUCCUGUCAAACUCAAUCACGGCGAUGGGGCUGUGGACAGCGCUGGACCCUCUGGCGGUGUUUCUAGUGGAUGCCAUCCUGGGGAACCUCAGCUACAGCGCCGAGAAACCCACUGGAGACGCCGCCAAACUCUACUGGCACUUCAAGAGAACGCAGGGCUCCGGGGUGCCGGGGGUCCUCAUCACCCUCUUCCUCUACAUUGUGCACCUCAUCUGCUCCCUCACCAUCCUUUACAUCUACCUGGUCAGACUCCAUCAUGGCGGCCGUACGUUAGACGUGUUCCAGCGGCUGACCGCCGAGGAGGACGCCUUCUUUGUUCCCUUUGAUCUUGAGGUGUCAAACCAGGAGCUGAGUUACAUUGUGAAGAAGGCCGAACAAUGGAGGGGUGCCAGUGGAGAGAGGAGGAAGGUAGGGGCAAAGCCGCCAUUCUGGGUGACAAAAGCUACCCUCUCGUCCACCGGGGUAAACCCCAAUGUACAGGCUCCAAGGCAGCCAAGUGAGCGGGAGGAGGUGUCCGCCACGCACGUCUCCAUCUUCACUCUCCACCUUGAUGGCUUCAAAAGCCUGCACCGCCACUUCCUGCGCCUGCCGGACGGCGCCGUUCUUGAGGUCUUGAGGGACAGCCAUGAAAUUACAGGCCUACAAGUGGAGGUCACCACCGGCAUUCAGAAACACUUCGGAGAGGCUGACCAAGAGCCCGGGCUACGCAAGAGGAAGAAGAAGGCGGUGUGGCGCUCUCCAAGAGUGAAACCGACAGGAACAAGUUGUUCAGAGUCCAAAGCUGAGCUGACCGCUUCCAGAGCGUGAACAUCUGCUGAGAACAUCUUGACAGUGC